AGCGGCGGCCGCGGCAGUAGCAGACAGCCGCGCGCGAUCACCGCACCACCGAGCCGCGGCUGAAACAUUCACGCCCGUAAACACAAACUUUAUGUACAUUGCAAUAACUACCUAUUUUUAGUUUAUUUCGCAAACCCCGGACGAUUGAAUGCGAUUGAUGAUAAAAGUUGUAGUUAAUAGAAAGUUUUGGUGUAGUUGGUGUUUUAAUAGUUCGAUUAAACUUCGUAAUAGUUCGUUAAUCAAGUUUAAUAGAGUUAAUAAAAGUUAGUUUAAUUAUUUAAGUAGUUUGUAAAUAGAAGGUACACACCAAAUGCAAUAAUAAUCCGUCUUCGCUUAGCUAAGUGAACUGUGCUAGUUUAAGUACUCUUAAAUCGUCAUUGUUACAUUCAAAUACGGCGUACAGAGCCGAGUUUGCUGAAACAAUUUCAGGUGGCAAGGUUGUGAAUACAGUUAGUGCGCUAUGUCAACUUUGGAAGUGGGGACGAGUGAUAAUCGCUGUGCAAACAAACCAUAAGCCUCUGGACCGGAGUUUCAGAUCUUGUAUUUUCCCACCUCGUUAGAGUUUCCUAACAAACCUUUGUGCUGUGAUAAUCUUCAACCAUUCUUCGGUUGUUCCACCUUCUCAUCAUGGAUUCCAGUACCCCCGGGUCCGCGCAGGACGACGACGCGGAGUGGGCGCGCAACGCCACCGCCGGCGAGUACAUCCGGGCUAACAUCUCCCUGGACUACGGUACCAACAACCUAUACGACGUGCCAACGGGCAUGAUAGUCCUUCUGUCGUUCCUGUACGGGUCCAUAUCGGUGCUGGCGGUGGUGGGCAACUUCCUCGUCAUGUGGGUGGUGGCCACGUCUCGACGGAUGCAGAGCGUCACCAACUGUUAUAUAGCCAAUCUGGCCCUGGCUGAUAUAGUUAUUGGACUGUUCGCUGUCCCUUUUCAGUUCCAAGCGGCGUUGCUGCAACGUUGGCUGCUGCCGUUCUUCAUGUGUCCGUUCUGCCCCUUCGUGCAGGCGCUCUCCGUCAACGUCAGCGUGUUCACUCUGACCGCCAUCGCCAUGGACCGGCAUCGAGCCAUCAUCACGCCACUCAGUGCCCACACAUCAAAGCGAAUAGCGAAAGUGGUGAUAGUGUUCAUUUGGAUCCUGGCGCUAUCGCUGGCUGCUCCCAUGGCCAUGUCGUGGGAGGUCAUCAUGGAGGAUGCACAGGAUCCCGUUACAAGGGUAUAUUACAAAAAGCCAUUCUGCGCGCCAACUGAGUUCGGCUCUAACUCACUGGCUAUUUAUAGGCUGCUCUUAUAUAUAUUUCAGUACGUGAUCCCGCUGUUCGUGAUCACGUUCGCGUACGCGCACAUGGCCAUGAAGCUGUGGGGGGCGCGCGCGCCGGGCAACGCCAUGGAGAUGCGCGACGCCAACCACAUGAAGAACAAGAAGAAGGUGAUCAAGAUGCUGGUGCUGGUGGUGGCGCUGUUCGCGCUGUGCUGGCUGCCGCUGCAGACCUACCUGCUGCUGCAGUCCUUCAUACCAUCCAUUAACGAAUACAGAUACAUAAAUGUGAUAUUCUUCUGCUUCGACUGGCUGGCUAUGAGCAACUCUUGCUAUAACCCCUUCAUCUACGCUAUUUAUAAUGAAAAAUUCAAGAAAGAAUUCAAACAAAGGUUUACCUUUGGCAAGAAGAAAAGUCGACUAGCAAUAGAUAGUUUUGAGGAUGGUCAUUCUUACCGCACUCGAAUACUAUCGUUCCGUUCGACCAACGAGCGGAGCGUCUACUCCGGCCGCAAGUCCAUCAACGCGCCGGGGGACUCACUCCGAAACGAUAGAAACACCUGCUACUGCUACACACGAGACAACGAUCGAAUACGUGACGACACUUUCGACGUUGUCAAAAACAAAGAAUUAGACGUGCAACAUUUAAGAGUAGACCACGUGGACAUCAACCGGCGGAGAACUCAGCCGAAAAGGUUCCCCAACUCAUCCCCAAUCGGCGAUGAAAGAAUAACAGAACUGUAUAUUUUUCCCCACAGCAACAUAGUUGACUUUACAGACAUGUCGUGUGAUGACAAAGUGUAAACAUUGGCAAGUGAUAAUGAUGAACGUGCGUGCGUGAGUGAGUGAUAUUGUUAGUAGUAUUAAGGCAAAUAUUGUGAUGUAAAUAUGUAAUUUUGAAAAAAAAUAAAGGUUAUGAAUAAGUAGAA